AUGGCGGAUCGCACUCCCUCUCUGCCUUCCACAUCUAAGGAGAGUAGAAAGGAAUAUUACAAGAUUAGAGAUGCUUCUAAAGUUUAUUUAUUCGGUGUUUUUCAACGAUGGAGAGAAUUUAGAGAUGCCAAUAAUAUAAAAACGGACAAGGACGCCGCUGAAGUUUUGCUCGAUACAUAUUAUAAUUCAAAGUCGAAGAACUCAUGGUAAGAUAAUAAAGAUUUUUAUACUAGAAUAUUUUACACAAUUAUAAUGUAAACUUUGACUUUGUAUCUAAAAUAUUUUUGUGUUUUUAUAUUGUCUUACAUCUAAAAUUUUUAAUAUUUCCCUGAUGCUUUAGUGUUAGUGUGGAGAGCCAAACUGAUCCUGAAGAAGUGGGGCCUGUUUCAUCGACUGCUUGUCUGCAAGAAAUUCAACCAAUUACUCCUCGUUCAGGCCCACAGACUAGACAAGCUUUAAGAGAUAGUUUACCUUCCCCAGGUAAGAACUUGGAUCCUAAGAUUUUUAGUGUGAAAAAUCAUGGUUAGGGUGAAAAAUCAUAUUUACAGUACACAGUAAACAAACAUUUUAUUAUUUUGUCUUUACACUGUAUUUAUAAUAUGUUCUAAAUUGUAUAAUUUUUACAGUGUUGACCUCUACACCUCGCCCUUGUGCAUCUGGUUUUACCAGAACAAGCAGCUUUCCAUCGCCUGGUAAGUUUACUGCUUGAUGGGUAUCGGGUAAAAUGACUUAAAAAUUAAUAUACUUUGAUGCUAAAGUUUAAUUUUUGCCUACCCUCUUUCAUUUGUAGUUAGCGACAUAAACCCAGUGUCACCAUUAGCUCGCUCAAGUAGACGGAGUUUACUUUGUGAGAGUUCACCACUGUCGUCAAGAUCUACGAGGAUUAGAGAAGUUCCUGUUGAUAUCAGGUUUGUAAACACAUGAAAUACACUCUAUAUAAAGAUCAAAAUUUAACUGAUACAUGUAUCUGUGUGCGAUAUUAUUCUCAUGUAUGAAAUAUUAUUCUCAUGUAUGAAAUAUUAUUCUCAUGUAUGAUAUAUUUUCCUAGCCCACUUGAGGAAACGUUGACAGCCAGUGAUGAAGACUCGGGAAGCGAUGAUGAUGGCAGUCUUGAGACAACUCUGACAGCAACAUCCUUAUUGCCCAUUAAUGAAAAUUAUGAGUAUGUUAUCACUUUUAAAGUUGUAUAAUUUGACAUAAGUACAAAUGAGAGAAAAAGCUUGUGAAAAAAAGUACAGUAUUUCAGACACUACAGACAACUUUCAUAUACUGUACAUACUGUAUAUAUAAAGGAUUAUAUACUGUAUUCAUUGGGAUAUACAUGUACCAUUAAUUUUCUAUGUAUAUUUUAAUUUAGAUUGCCUCUGGCUGAGACAUCCAUCGAGGAAGAAGUAUUUAACACCAACCUAGGUGGCCAUGACGAUAUUGGUGAGCAUGAACAACAGCUGACUGGUAAUGGGGAAUCUGAUAGCACUGGAUACACCUCUUCAGUACAGGGAGUGACCCCUGACAAAGCUGUCCAGAUGGAGAAGUGUAUUGUGUUUACAGAUACUCUCGUGUCAUUACUAAAAGAAUUGCAUGGGAGUAUCUGUAAACGGCAGGGAUGUGGUCGUUCGCUUGAGUAUCAAAGACGAUAUCUUGGUACUUGUCUUGUUGUAUCCUGGCAGUGCAGUGCUGGUCAUCGGGGAGGAAGAUGGGCAGCGCAACCAACCUGCGAGAAAAUCAGAGCGGGCAAUCUCAUGCUCGCAUCUGCAUUAUUGUUGUCUGGCAACUCAUUCACAAAAGUGGGGUUGAUGUUCAGAUUCUGCAAUAUACAGUAUUUUUCUAAAACACUGUUUUGUCAAUACCAGAGUCUGGACAUUGCCCCUGCUGUGAAUGAGUUUUGGGAGCAGCAUAAGCAGGAGCUAUGGGAUCAAAAAUCUGGACAAGAU